AUGGCCGGCAACGGGACCCGGAGCCGAACCGGAUGUCUGGACUGUCGGCGGCGAAAGCGGAGGUGCGAUGAAGGGAAGCCAAAGUGCGCCAGCUGUCGCAGGCACGGCGUCGUGUGUGUGUACGUCAAGUCGAGCCAGUCUUCGCCGUCCAAGUUUCUCCUCUCCGUGGCAUCUGGCCACUUCAUCGCGCCGUUGGAGUCGCCGGCGAGCGAUUCCUUUGUGAACCUUCGAAGCGACGAGCUGGCUCUCGUCUGUCAGCAGUACGCAGACGGCCCCGGAGGGGUGUUGCCGUCGUCUCAAGAGCAGCUCAUGCCGGCUCUGAGCUGGCUGCCAAAGUCAAGCACGCUCCCCGGCGGACGAGAAAGCAUGAUGGUUCAGUACUACUUUGAGGUCAUCAGCAACAGCCGGGUGUAUGUCCCCAGCGAGAGGAACCUCUUCCGGACGUGCGUCAUGCCCGUACUCCUGAGCAGCAGCGGCCCUCUCUUUUCUACCGUCCUAGCACUGAGCGCGGCGGAAAUGGUUCGGAGGACCCCGCAAGACGGGGUAGACCAUGCCGGGGCGGCCAUCCGAUACAAAAUCAACGCCUUGACGCAGCUGCAGUCGAAGCUCAACACCGCCCUCGAGGCGGAGGAGAACCUCCUGACGUGUGUGCUCCAGGCCUCCUUGGAGAUAGCCGAGGGGUCUCGCCCGUCGUGGUUGAGGCAUCUGCGGGGCGCUCUGGCCAUCAUGGAUAACCACGGCGACUGGAUCACGCCUGAGUGCGCCGCUCUCGCGCUCCAGUAUUUUCGAUUUCGAUACGUCUUGAUGAAGACGACCGGAUGUAAAGCGCCGCAUCAUGAUGGACAGACCGACGACUGUGAUGAAGCCAUCCAACGCCUCGAACGGCUCUUGCCAGGCCAAGGGACGUUCCAGACCAUUGACCCCCAAAUCGGCUGUUCGAUGGAGCUAGUUCAGUUGAUUAGCAUGAUCUCGGCAGGGGCUCAAAAGGACGGCGGGUACACGGAAGAGGGAUCACGCCUCGAGAGACGCAUUCGAGAGUUGGACUGUUCCGCCGAGAGCAUGCACGACGACUACCUCGUCAAAAGCGCCGAGUGCUUUCGGUUCGCUGCUCUGAUUUACCUCCAGCUGAUUGUGUACGGCGCUACCGUACGGACUCGGGCGAUUCCGCACUUGUUGCAGACGCUGUUGGGUCGUCUUGGCGAGGUGAUUGUCGAGGACCAGCCGAGGCGAUCGUUUCCAAUGUGGCCGCUGUUCAUCGCGGGGUGUGUCAGUUCCAGUGACGCACACCGCAAGGCUGUUCUUGAUCUAUUCAACCUCCUGGACAGCAAGUGGCCUAUCGGCAAUAUCUCGACGGUGAAGAGGGUUGUCUGGACAAUCUGGCAGACAAGGGACUUUGACGGUGGCGGUGCGACGUCCACGGAUCAAGACUGGCAGGAGAUUAUUGACAGAGCUACUAUCGCGGCUAGGAGUCAGGUUGCGAGCGUCAAGGCAUCCAGUCAUAAUCCCGGGUAUGAUACUCUCCAUGGCCACAGUGGUCUCAAGGGGGAGUUUGUGCCAGCCAUCUGGAACCUUUCCGUAACAUCGCCAGUGCUGACUCUCCAGUCCUUUGAGGAGGUUAAGAUGACUGACGCAGAUACUACGGCAACGAUGGCCGAGACGGAUCUCGCAGGUCGACGAGCAGACGACACCGCGCGGUAUGCAAACAGCCAAAUCAUUCUCAGUGACAUUGAGGACUUGCAAGAGAUAGUCAGUCGCUUCGAUUCAGAUGAAGAAGUCGUGGUCGACGCCGACAAGAAAAUCUACAUCCAGGCGAACAACGGCAAGAAAGCAUUGAAUUAUUUCCACAAGAAUUGGCAGGCCCAGGGUUCGCAAAAGAAAGAAAAAAAAAACAAUAAGCGUUUCAAGAUCACCGUCGUCGAGGAGCUGGACGUCGAGGCAGUCGGUAUCAACACCCUCGAGAAUACCAAGAAGCCUGGCAUCAUCGCCAAGGGAUCCGUUGUCUCCGAGAAGCCCGGCGCCAGCACCAAGCGCGAGGAGGAUUGA